GAGAAACACUUGCUCGCCUUGUGCUUUAUCCAUAUUCCAUCUCUUCUAAGACAACAGAUGAAAUACAGAGCUGGAAUUUGAGUUCCUCCUCACGGAAACACACUCGACAAAAUGCCCCGACGAUUAAGAUGGCUCAUUCCAGCUGUUCGUUUUGCUACCGAAUCGCGACCAUCCUACGCGGAUUCGGACUUGGAGCUGGAGGAGAAACGCCCUGAACAUGCAGAUAUUUAUGACGCGCUAUCACCCAUGGGUCUGAUUGACCCUGGGAGUAGGCGUCUGAGUGAGCACAAGCUUCUAGAGCUGUCUGAUGACAUCCGGGCUCAUCUCCUUGAGGACGCUUCUCUGGGCGACAGUGCAGAAGUCGUCAAGAGAACUCUCCGUGAGCUGGUAAGAGACGAGAGUGGUGCCAUGCCUGUACUGGAUUUUGCUACCAUUCAGAAUGCUCGACUAGAUAAGCUGCUUUCCGAUAUAUUGGCUCUUGGCCAUCAGCAAACAUCGCUUCACCCUCGACCGCGCAUUGAUACCUUGACGGCAGAAAGAUUGCAGAGACUGUGGAUGGCUAGAUUUCGUGAAAAGUAUUUCAACAUUGAUCAAAUCCGGCAUCAAAGCUUAUCCAAGACCGGUAGACUAAAAGAUGUGACGUUCAACAAUGCAGCUACGGACAACUGGGAGUUGUGGCAGGCAGAGAAUUGUAAGACUCUAUCAGGGCUUGAAUCAAAUCUUCAGUUCAAACCAGGACAAUACAUAAUUCGACAAUACGGCCACAAGCAAAACCUGCAGAAUCGACUGCAUCGCAUCAUUGUGACGUUGGAGAGAGUUGCGGGCCAGCCAAGCAUGACCAAUCUCGCCAAGGUCCCUCGUCCAUCACAGAUGGAUGACUGGGUGCUGUUUGAGAAAUUUGAAGGCGAAACGAUCCGACAGAACCAUGGAGAGCAAAGCUUUCUGGAUUGGAAAAUGAUGAAGGCACAGGAAAGGAUGGAGCGGCGGCAAUGGAGACGCGCACUCGAGGUUGGAGCUGCUUUGACCAUGGCUCGGCGUGCCAGGUACAGCUACGGAAUGCGGGACUUGGGGAUAAAGGAGAAGACCUAGAUCAGUAUCUCUGGACUGUUGCAAUACGACGUAUCUCUUCUCAAACGAGAGAACCUAUUUUGUGCAUCGCUGGCAAUUGUGACCUUUUUUU